AUGAAAUACUUGAUCCUGUUGCAUAUCCUUAUUUUGUACAUUUACAAAUAUUAUGAAAAGAAGAACACUAAUGGUGAUGUCUUACACUUAAGUCUUACAACAGGUGGAGAUGGUAAAGUUUUGGCAUUGGAUGGAAAUGUGUCCUAUAGGAGAAUGUUGUAUCAACGAAAAGGACGAAGAAGAAGAAGAGGAAGGGGUAGGGGAACUCGUGGUAGACGUGCAAAGAAACUUGAACGGAGAAGAAAAGCACAGCGCAGGAAAGCUAGAAGGGAAGAAAAAAAAAGAAAAAGACAAAGAAAACGAGCUGAACGAAAGAGAAAAAGAAAAGAACGUAAAAAAAGAAGACAGGAAAAAAAGGAAAGGAAGAAGGAAAAAAAAAGGAGAAAAAAGGAAGAAAAGGCGUUACAGAAAGAGAGGGAAAGAAAACAAAAUAAUGAACAAGAGAUAGAUUCGAAUCUCAAUUCUAAACAAAAUGAACAUGAUGAAGUAGGUCAAGAUGGAUCCGAAUAUCUAUCUAAAGAUGGCAAUAAUUAUGUGCAUCACCAGAAUGGCCCUAACACCGCAUCACCAGGAGGAGCUGGAGGCAUUCUGUCCCCAAGAAAUAAUGCAGAGAAAAUUGGUCAGAAUAAUAAUUUGUAUGGAAGAAAUGGCGAACCUAUUGAUACAGACAAACUGCACCCAGCGUUGUAUGAAGAAGGGAACCAUGAGGAAAUCUCAGACGAGUAUGACAAUUCAGGACAGACAGGUACAAGCACAGCUGAUGGGGAUAACAAUUUGGGAAGUCCACACGAAUCCCAAUUGGGUGGUAAUGUCAAGGUUAUUCAUUUUGAUAAACUCAAAAGGAAACCAAAAAAUAUAAUUAUAAACAAAAUUAAGGGCAUUCUGAAUAUGCUCGAGUGA